AGACGGAGCGGGAGCGGACGCAACAGCAGGUUAGCUCCGGGCAGCCGCAUCGGCCAUAAAGCAAUCAACGAGACUCCGCGUGCCGAGGAAGAAUACGCUCAGAAAUCAGAAGCGCUCUGAGCUCUCCGACGCGAACUGACUCGGAGAUCAUCUGACUGAGGCGGGCGGCGAACCUCAACUCUGGCUUCGAGAUAUCCACGAUACUCGAGCAAGAGAUCGGCUGAAGCAGUGAUUCGAACACGUAAAGAGGAUAGAAUCCAACAAAGAAAUAACCUUCCAACAUGAGCGAACAUCACUCCAACGGGAACAACGGCGUCGCCGUCAACGGCAAUUGUGCUGAAGAGCAUCCAGUUUUCGAUUCCGAGGAAAUGAACGAUGAUUCGGUCGAAACGUUUUUGUUCAGUUCAGAAUCGGUCGGCGAAGGUCAUCCGGACAAAAUGUGCGAUCAGAUUUCCGAUGCUAUUCUCGACGCUCAUCUGCAACAAGAUCCAAACGCCAGAGUUGCUUGCGAAACCGCUACUAAGACAGGUAUGAUCAUGGUGUUCGGGGAGAUCACGUCGAAAGCCAUCGUCGAUUACCAGAAAAUAGUCCGGGAGACUGUCAAGAGGAUCGGCUACGAUUCCUCCGAGAAAGGAUUCGACUUCAGAACCUGCAACGUUCUCGUUGCUAUCGAGCAGCAGAGUCCUGAAAUCGCCGCUGGCGUUCACGUGGAGAAAUCAGUCGAAGAGAUCGGAGCUGGGGACCAGGGUCUUAUGUUCGGAUACGCGACGGAUGAAACCGAGGAAUGCAUGCCGUUGACUGUGGUGCUCGCUCACAAGCUCAAUUCACGUCUCGCUGAGCUCCGUCGAGACGGGACUUUCCCUUGGGCCGGACCUGAUUCGAAAACUCAAGUAACUUGCGAAUACUACUUUAAUCACGGAAGGGCGAUUCCACAACGGGUUCACACGGUCGUGGUGUCCACUCAGCACUCGGAUAAGAUCUGCCUCGAGGAACUCCGCUACAAUGUGCUCGAGAAAGUCGUGAAACACGUCAUCCCCACGCACCUCAUGGACCGACGCACAGUGGUACACAUCAAUCCCUGCGGCAAAUUCGUUCAGGGUGGACCCAUGGGAGACGCUGGCCUCACGGGGAGGAAGAUCAUCGUUGACACCUACGGAGGUUGGGGAGCUCACGGAGGCGGGGCCUUCUCCGGCAAAGACCCAACUAAAGUCGAUCGAUCCGCCGCAUACGCAGCCCGUUGGGUCGCGAAGAGUUUGGUGAAGGCAGGUGUUGUGAGACGGUGCCUCGUGCAGGUCUCGUACGCCAUCGGUAUCGCUGAACCGCUUUCGAUCACGGUGCUGCCGUACGGAACUUCGAAGUACUCUCAGAAAGAGCUCCUGCAGAUCAUCGAAGACAACUUCGAUCUCAGACCGGGCAUCAUCAUGAGAGAUCUUAACUUGACAAACCCCAUUUACCAGAAAACGUCGGUGUACGGACACUUUGGACGAGACAAUUUCCCGUGGGAAGUUACGAAGCCCCUUGUCAUCCGCAAGGAGUUCCAAUAGUCGUAGUCCGAGCAUAAUUUUAAAAAUAAACCAUUCAUCCAUCAAAAAUAACCGACAUGAAGUAACACUUAGACCGCGUACCGUGUAUCUGUCCUCAUCGAUGUCAAGCUGCUGUGAGAGGAAAACGUGUGUCUCCCUUAGUCUCCCUCCUAGAUGUUGCGGCGCCCUUGACGCUCCCAAACCUGAGUCAUUUUCUAUGGUUAUAGUAACCCUUUCAUGAUGACUGCAAACCAUUGCGAAUGCUGGAUGCAAGUCCCGAAUAUCCUCGCUUCGUUCGUGUUGAUUCGAAUCAUCAUUCCGAUGAUGCGGCGGGCGGGACAGCUGCUCUCCAUCAUCUGAACGUGUUUUCUGAAUAAUAUAUGGUUCCCGGCGAAGAGCGUUGAUUUGUCGAUGAAUCCAAUAACUACAACCAAAGGUCGAUCGCUCGAAGUCCGAACGAGUAAGGUGUUUUUCACUAGCGAGGACGGAAAUGCAUUAGAUGUUCUUAAAUACAAUACAUAAAGUAUUCUU